CUAACAAAAUCUUCUAUGAAUAUGUAGAUUAUAAAUGUCUACAAUCAAGAGUAUGAGAGUGCUGCAGCGUUUUGGCCAGAUGUCCAUGGACGCAUUAUAACUGCAUUACUUGUCUCGCAACUACUUCUAAUGGGACUGCUAAGUACAAAAGCAGCUUCCCAGUCAACUCCGUUGCUCAUCACACUCCCGGUGUUGACCAUAUGGUUCCACAGGUUCUGCAAAGGUCGUUACGAACCAGCUUUCAUCAGAUACCCAUUACAGGAAGCAAUGAUGAAAGAUACCUUGGAACGUAAUAGGGAGCCAAACCUAAACUUAAAAGAUUACCUUCAAAAUGCUUAUAUCCAUCCAGUCUUUAAGGGUGGCGAUGAGAGUGAAAAUGAGAGUGAUGCAGCUAGCGAGGAUUCAGAUCAGGAAUUGGAGCUCGUCCCAACAAAACGCCAAUCUCGAAGGACUACACCUUUCCCCAGCAUACACAGCGGUUCUUCCCAUCCUUCGCUCUCUGAAGUACACAUAAAUUCACAGCCAUGACAUUUGUCAUUUCACAGCCAAAACAUUUGUCAUUUGUGCACUUAGAUUUCCAUUUCUUCACUCUACAUUUAGGCUCUUGUAAAGGUUCAACUUGGCGGAUAAGUUAAAAUUUUGAAAUAGAUUGGGGAUGUAUAUAAUUAGCUUGAAAUGAGAUUAUUUCAACACAAUUAGUGUGAAACUUUUUUUCAAUAUAUUAUCGGUCUUGUUUCUCCUACUUCAACUGGUUUGAAGUUUCUAAAUUGGACCUGUCACAUACAAGAAAUGGAAAGAAGUCUUUAGCUUUCAAGCUCCCAAAAA